AGAACAGAACAUUGGGGAGAGAGAGAAACCCGACUGGGGUAUUGGUGGGAGGGAUUAUUCCUAGUACAUCCAUCGCUUUUCAAAGUCUACAUUUUCAGUUAGGUUAAGCAGUAGAUUCAGGCUCACUCUCAUCAUAGUCUAUCCAAGAGCGCACGGACGGGAACGGGAGCGCACAGCAUCCCAACCGUCGCUCGUACCACCUGAUGAGAAGUAUCUUAGUUCCCAUCCUGAAUCCACACACUGCCAGUUCAGUUGCGCAAACGCUGCGGAGGAGCUUCGGAAAUCGAAGUUGAGUUCGUUGGUUUUCUAUUCUUUAAACACCUGACUAAGUUUGACCAUUUGGAGAAAAAAUCGGAUAUCAUACCAACACCAAUCCAGUAGGAAUUAAAGUUAUGGCACUAUCCAUGCUGCGCAGCGGUUUGCUUUUUCUGUGUCUGACAACUAUCCAUACCUGCAAUGGUGGCGGACAGAACUGCAUGGAUAAACACCAGGUGGUUGGUGUUCUCCGUCAGAUGGAGAAGUUUCUGAAGGGACAGGAGAUGAGAUUCACAGAGGGACUACGCAUCAUGAAGUCAAAACUGGCAACCCUACAGAACUCUGUCUCCAAGUUGCCUCAGGCCGAUCAGUCGGCUGCCCCCUCUGUAUGCCCCUCCCUGGAAGCCCCUGUCCACGGGACAAAGUUUGGCUCCAAGUAUUUCAUCAGUCAUGAAGUCCAUUUCACCUGUUCCCAUGGUUACCAUCUUGUGGGCCCCGGGACACGUGUGUGUCAAGAGAACGGGAGUUGGAGUGGUGUCAACACUAUCUGUAAAGAUGUGAGUGAGUGCUCCAGUAACCCAUGCCAGAACGGAGGGACCUGUGUAGAGGGAGUCAACCAAUACAAGUGCACCUGUCCACAGAGCUGGAGUGGAUCCAGCUGUCAGCACCAGACACAGACAGUGGUGCACAGGCCCUCUCCGGGCCGCCGGGCGAAGUUUAAGCUCCUCCCUCUCCCUCUGUCGCGUUCAGCGCCACCUGAGUGGAGCGUCAUGAACGACCCUGCGUUUAGCCGACGACCCCGCUGUGCCAAGGUGGACAGAGCCCAACACUGCAGCUGCGACGCUGGCUUUCACAUGAGUGGCACCUCGGACAACAGCAUCUGCCAGGAUGUGAACGAGUGUGAGGUGUACCGGCUGGACCAGGGGGGCAAGCUGUGUGUGUAUGAGUGUGUCAACGUCCCAGGCUCCUACCAAUGCUCCUGUCCCAGAGGCUACAAGCUGCUGCCUGAUGGAAGGAGCUGUGAGGAUGUGGAUGAGUGUCUGACCCAACAGCACAACUGCAGUAGAGGAACAACAUGUAUCAACACUGGAGGAGGGUUCCAGUGUGUGAGCCCGGAGUGUCCCCGAUCACACGGCAACAUCAGCUACGUCAAGACGUCUCCCUUUCAGUGUGAGAGGAACCCCUGCCCUAUGGAGAGUCGUUCCUGUCACCUGGCUCCUAAGACGGUCUCCUUCCACUACCUCUCCCUCCCCUCCAACCUCCAGACCCCGGCUACCCUGUUCCGCAUGGCGACUGCCGCCGCCCCUGGCCGCCCCGGCCCCGACAGCCUGCGAUUCGGCAUCGUCGGGGGCAACAGCCGCGGGAUGUUCGUGAUGCAAAGGUCGGACCGCCAGACGGGUGAACUGAUCCUGGUUCAGGGGUUACGAGGACCGCAGGAUAUCAGCGUUGAUGUGGAUAUGUCCGAGUAUAGUGAGCGCACCUUCCAGGCUAAGCAUGUGGCGAAGGUGCAUGUUCUUGUGUCGGCGUAUGACUUCUGAGGAGGAUGGACAGACAGAGGACAGAGGAGCGAGUGAGAGGGACAGAAGGAAGGAGGAGAGAAAAAUAGAGCAAUUGACAGAGGGAUGAGGAAGUGAGAAGGACAGAGGGAGAAGGAGAAGUUAAAAGAAAAUGAGAGGGACAGACACAUAAUUGUUUGGACUGGCAUUGACUAUAAAGUAUAUUCGUGAGGAUGUAGCUGAAAUGAAUGAAUGGUUGAGUGAGUGAGUUAAUGAAUGUGAGAGAGUAAACAUUUGUGAAACAAACUGACAAAGUGGUAAUGGAAUGGUAAUAUUAUUUUUCUUUCAUUCGCUCAGGAGUUGGCCCCUGGGGUUGCCAUAGUGACCGGAGGCGGCGCUCAUGUAUGUGCAAUGCCAUUGGCUAGAUCUGUUUAAAGGCCCACUCCUUCAUUUACUCCACUUAGUUUUCAUUUAAAGCUGAUGAUCAAAAACGGCUGUAAAUAUCACAGAGUAGUCCUUUAAGAGACAUGAACCCAUAUCUGCGUCUAAAGUGGCACCCUAUUCCGUAUUAAGUGCACAACUUAUUUGUGCACUAUGUAGGGAAUGGGGUGCCAUUUGGGAUGCACACCCUGUAUAACAUGGCUCUGAUUUAUCUGAAUAUUUUGUUGCUGUUGUUUAUUGUUACAUACUCAGUGAUUCAAUGCCGUGUGCUUUUACAAUUUGUAUAAUUUACAAACAGUGUUUUUUACUGACUUGCUUCGUGAUUAUAGGACCUAAACACUUAGAACAACUAAGAGUGUUUUUUACUGACUUGCUUUGUGAUUAUAGAACCUAAACACUUAGAACAACUAAGAGUGUUUUUUACUGACUUGCUUUGUGAUUAUAGAACCUAAACACUUAGAACAACUAAGAGUGUUUUUUACUGACUUGCUUUGUGAUUAUAGAACCUAAACACUUAGAACAACUAAGAGUGUUUUUUACUGACUUGCUUUGUGAUUAUAGAACCUAAACACUUAGAACAACUAAGAGUGUUUUUUACUGACUUGCUUCGUGAUUAUAGGACCUAAACACUUAGAACAACUAAGAGUGUUUUUUACUGACUUGCUUCGUGAUUAUAGGACCUAAACACUUAGAACAACUAAGAGUGUUUUUUACUGACUUGCUUCGUGAUUAUAGGAUCUAAACACUUAGAACAACUAAGAGUGUUUUUUACUGACUUGCUUCGUGAUUAUAGGACCUAAACACUUAGAACAACUAAGAGUGUUUUUUACUGACUUGCUUCGUGAUUAUAGAACCUAAACACUUAGAACAACUAAGAGUGUUUUUUACUGACUUGCUUCGUGAUUAUAGGACCUAAACACUUAGAACAACUAAGAGUGUUUUUUACUGACUUGCUUCGUGAUUAUAGGACCUAAACACUUAGAACAACUAAGAGUGUUUUUUACUGACUUGCUUCGUGAUUAUAGGACCUUAACACUUAGAACAACUAAGAGUGUUUUUUACUGACUCGCUUCGUGAUUAUAGGACCUAAACACUUAGAACAACUAAGAGUGUUUUUUCCCCCCAUUAUUAUUAUUAUUUUUUACAAUAGAAACCGUAAUAUUGUACUUGGACAUAUUUCCACUAUGCUCAUAUUCAGUAUGUAAUUAAGAUAUGAUGUAAUUAAUACAUGGUAACUACAGUGAUUUGGCAGCCCUGCCAAUGCAGUGUACAAUAUAUCAGCCAUCUAAUGUUUUAAUAAGUCAUUAUUAUUGCACAUAACUAUUUCUCCAUACAUGAAAUAAAGACAGUCCUACAAUA